AUGGCGUCAGUAUCCUACAGGUGGGAGCACCCCCUUUUUGACACCGCAGCCCUGGAGCCCCCGUUAACGCCUGGGGACCCAGCCAGCUGGCCCUGGGCCCCUGGGAUGCAGUCAGCGACGCAGAGGACGCACGGGGAGGAGCCCCUCCGCCUAGAAGGAGGCGCCCGACGGGAGUGCAGAUCAGGCAUCUUCAUGACAGCUCUCAACGCCUUCACCGCGACCGCAAGCCAGGCUUCCCCGAUCUGCCAGGCUCAGGUGGAGGUGAAGCAGGACAGGUAUAUCCGCACCAUGUACCUGGGGAUUCAGAGCCAGCGGCAGAAGGAACACCAGCGACGCUUCUACUGGGCUAUGAUGUACGAAUAUGCAGACGUUAACAUGCUGCGCCUCCUGGAGACCUUCCUGGAAAGCGCCCCCCAACUGGUGCUACAGCUCUGCAUAAUGAUCCAGAAGAGCCGCGCCGAGACGCUGCCCUGUGUCUCCUCUGUGACUUCCCUGAUGUCCCUGGCUUGGGUGCUAGCCUCCUAUCACAAGCUGCUGCGGGACUCCAGGGACGACAAGAAGAGCAUGAGCUACAGAGGGGCCCUCGUCCACCUCUUCUGGCGCCUCUUCACCAUCUCAUCCAGAGUUAUCUCUUUUGCCCUCUUUGCUUCCAUCUUCCAGCUCUACUUCGGGAUCUUCGUGGUGGUCCACUGGUGCGCCAUGGCCUUCUGGAUCAUCCAUGGCGGAACAGACUUCUGCAUGUCCAAGUGGGAGGAGAUCCUCUUCAACAUGGUGGUAGGGAUCGUGUACAUUUUCUGCUGGUUUAACGUCAAGGAAGGGCGGACUCGAUACCGAAUGUUUGCCUAUUAUACGAUAGUCUUGACCGAGAAUGCUGCCUUGACGUUCCUUUGGUAUUUUUACAGAAACCCAGAGACCACUGACUCCUUUGCGGUGCCAGCACUGUGUUGUGUCUUUAUUAGCUUUGUGGCUGGGAUUGCACUGAUGCUGUUAUACUACGGCGUGCUGCAUCCCAUGGGGCCGCGGGCUAAGAUCUUUGCCAGCUCCUGUUGUGCCGAGCUGCUCUGGGGCAUCCCUUUGCCCCCCGAUGUUGAGCCCAUGGCGCCUCAGACCCCUGGGUACCGGGGGGCCCAGGUCACGCCUACCAGAGCCGUAACGGAACAACAGGAGGACCUCACGGCUGACACUUGCUUGCCCGUGUUCCAAGUGAGACCCAUGGGGCCCGCUACCCCGACGGGGCGUCCUUACCUCCCAGAAGGGCCCCUCAUUAAGAUUGACAUGCCAAGAAAGAGAUACCCAGCUUGGGAUGCUCAUUUUGUAGACAGGAGGUUGAGAAGGACUAUUAACAUUCUGCAGUAUGUCACGCCCACCGCGGUGGGCAUCCGGUAUCGGGACGGACCGCUCCUUUAUGAGCUGCUACAGUAUGAGUCUUCGCUCUGAGAGCAUCCUGACCCAAGUUGAGAAGGGGACCUGAAGUGUGGUUUGCGGUAAAGCCGCCUGCAAGAAAUAGAACCCUCCCUUCCCCCAAAACACAGAACACCACCACCACCACCACCACCACCACCACCGCUCCAAAAAAAAAAAGAAAAUAAUAAGUCACAACCCCUUCAGAUAAGCUUUCUUUCCAGUCGCUGUAUGUAUACAAAGAUAUUCUCUAUGUUUUGUAAGUAAAAACAAAAAGAAAACCUUUCUUUUGUUUUUUACAUAUAAGUAACAGUAUUGAAAAAAAAAAAAAUCCCACACUAUGGUUUAUAGGGUGGAGAAGGAGCAGUUGUCUCCACUCCAAAAGAAAAAAAAAAAAACACACAGUUUUAUACCUUACACCAAGUGUAGAUCAUUUCCGGGAUUGGUGCUGAUUGAAAGAACAAAACAAAACAAAACAAACAAACAAACAAAACCUUCAACUGCCUUAUGCCCUUAGGUGCUGAGUUUCAUUAAGUACUGUCGCGUUUUCUCAUGCAGAACUCUCUGGUGAUUUUUUGCACCGGGAGAGGGAAAAUUUAACAAUCAAAUGAAACCAAUCUAGAAACAAAAAAAUAACAACCGAUGGAUAAAACUCAAAGCAAGCAUUCUUCCUAUCUGAUUAUCUGUGUUGAAGAAAACAAAUUGACCCAAAGCAAAAGCAUUGAAACCCCUCCCUCUUUUUUGCUUUCUCUCCCUCUCCUCCUGUCCCUGCCCCCAACUUCUCAUACCCUUCUAGGAGCCAGAAGGCCAUCUGAAACUCAGAUGGUUGGCAGAGCUCUUUGAAGGCCAACUAGGUGCCAUUUCAGUGUUCACCUAGUAAGAAUCACAUUUGUUUCCUGGUGAAAAGCAAAACAGAAAAAAAAAAAAAGCCACUCUAAUAAUUCGAUAAGAAUAGGAAAUUCUAAAGCAAAUUAAAGGAGAUUUCCAUAUACGUCAUCAAAGAGAAUCAGUAAUAAUAAAACUCAGCAUAGUAGCAAAAAGAACGACAUCAAUUUAAAGGCACAAUACUUAAUCAGUGACUGGCAAAAAUGAUCUGUUCUGUCAUUUUAAGGCCGUGAAAGGUAUGCAUUUAUCACAUGUGAUAUUGGGUAAGGCCUCUUCUGUUUCCAUUUGGUGGGAAGCCUUAAAUUGAUCUGGAAAGAAUUCAUUUUUUUCAUUUGUGCUUUUUAAAAAUAGUUAACACAAGAGGAAAAUUAGAACAUAAAAAAAAAAUCAAAUUGUAAUAACCUACCCAUUUCAAAGACUGUUUGGUGCUUCUGUCUUUCACCAUUGUGGUUGGCUGAAAGCUAUUCAGCUCACUUGGUGCAUCUGGGUUGAGUGGGGAAUUCUGUGUGUUGCAUGUGUGUGUGUGUGUCUGUGUGUGCCCACAGUACACACACACGCACACACACACGUGUGCGUGUGCGUGUGUGUGUUUAUGUGUGUUUGUGUGUGUGCGUGUGUGUGUGUCUGCUGCAAGGUCUUGCCAGAAAUGUAGAAAAAGCGAUAUAAGAGAGAUUCUGGGUAUGGCUAAGGUCAAGUGUAAGGGGCUGGGAAGCUGGGGAGGGGAUGGGGCUUGAUCUUGAGUUUCUGUCUGACGGCAAGACACAGCAGCAGCAUACUCUGGGUCUUAGAAGGCGUGUCAUUCGGGUGAAGGUUUGAUUCAAUUAUUUAUUUUCUCAUUGUACCAAGUUGAAUUUCUCGAGGUGUUGCAAGUAUGUUCAAAUCAUUUUUUAAACGUUAUUUUUCAAAGUAUUGCUCCUGUAAGGAAUAUUUUGUUUUAGGGCAUCGUUUCAAUCCUAUCAUCUCUCUACUUGGGCACUA